AUGCCUCUGCUGGCACAGAACCCAAAGGACCGCGUCAUCCUCGGGCUGAUGACUUUUGGUCCCGAUGAGAGCACCGGAGCCCGUAUAACCGACCUUGAUGAAUUCACCAAACAUCUCGAUUAUUUCCAAGCCCAAGGCUACAAUGAGAUUGAUACUGCGCGCACGUAUGUUGGCGGAAAGCAGGAGGCGUGGACCCGCCAGGCCGGGUGGAAAGAUCGCGGCUUGACGCUCGCUACCAAGGUGUACCCCUUCGAGGCCGGCGUCCACAAGCCCGAGAACCUGAAGAAACACUUCAACACCAGCCUUCACGAGCUGGGCGCUGACUGUGUCGACAUCUUCUACCUGCAUGCCCCGGACCAUUCGGUACCUUUUGAAGAGACGCUCGGUGCCGUCAACGAGCUGCACCAGCAGGGCAAGUUUGUCAAUCUGGGCUUGUCGAAUUUUGCUGCAUGGGAGGUUGCAGAGGUGUACAACAUCUGCAAAGAACGAGGAUGGGUCAAGCCAACCAUCUACCAGGCCAUGUACAACGCCAUCACUCGAGCCAUUGAACCGGAGCUCAUUCCAGCUUGCCGCAAGUAUGGCAUCGAUAUUGUCAUCUACAAUCCCCUUGCCGGCGGCCUCUUCUCGGGCAAGAUCAAGUCCAAAGAUAUCAAGCCCGAGGAAGGCCAUUUUGGGGCCAAAGCCGAGCACCUCGGCAGCAUGUACCGUGAUCGCUACUUCAAAGACGCGACGUUCCAGGCACUCCAGAUUGCCGAGAAAGCAGCCCAAGAGCACAAGUUGACGCUUGUCGAGAUUGCGCUGAGAUGGUGCAUCCACCACUCUGAGCUCAAGACGAGAGUCAAGGGCGGAAACGAUGGCGUCAUUAUCGGGGUCAGCAGCUUAAAGCAACUGGAGAGCAACCUUGCGGAUGUGGACAAGGGGCCUCUGCCUGAAGACGUUGUCAAGGCGCUGGAUGCAGCGUGGAUGGUUAGCAAGGCUACUGCACCCGCCUACUUUCGAUAG